AUGACUCGUUCCCUAGAAAGAUAUUUGGCUAUCAUUGUCGAACGGAUCACAAAAAGGGUUCAUAGAGUGACUGGGUUACCCAAGCCUCAAGAGGUUUGUUAGUAAAGCUCAUAAUUUAGUACUAUAAUGGCAGGGUGUAAUGCUAAUUAUUUGAGAUAUACAAUAUUUGUCGUUGAAACAAAAGUCCAAGAGGAUAUUUAUUUCCUGCCCCCCUUUUAAUCGUUUUGCACUUUUGCAGUUGAGAGCUCUGAAAUACUUGGAUGAAUCAAUAAAUAAACUAUAUUAUCAGGAGGGUAACAUUUAAUAGCGAAUAGCGCACAUUAUUCACAUUAAAGCCAGUAUUAAUAGACUUCACGGUUUAUUACAUUUUUGCUCCAAUUUCCUCGUUUUCAUGUUUGUCUGUUUUAUCAUGGCAGACGCACAUGAAAGUUAUAUCUCCAUGUUUUGUGCACGAAAAUGUGUUUGUCCAAUCACAAACCUAUUCUUCACGUUACCGUGCACAAAACAUGAGGAAUUACCAAAUGAAAAUGCGGUCUGUUCAUGCCGAAAGUUUAUGUUUCAGAUAAGUAUGCAGCCCUUCGUUGUAUUCCUGAUUGGUUUUCUUGUUGAACAAGUCUCAACUACUGUCUAUUACGUUGAUGUAAAACGUGGGGCCGAGGUGAAUGACGGGAAAUCAUUAGGUGAACCAUUCCUUACAAUACAAGCUUGCGUGAACGCUUUGUCAGAGCCUGGUGACGAGUGUCGUGUAAGGUAUGCGAUGUGGAAUGAAAUCCUUGAACGACAAAACUUUUACAUUAUAUUUUAUAUAUUGUUAAUUCUUAACCUUCUCUUCAAUACGCCCCAUUUUAAGACCUCUGCCUGAAUUCAUGAAGCACAUGUUGUGCCCAUGUAUGAUGGAUAUGCCACGCCAUUUUGACGCCAUUUUCAUGUCGUCUUUGACGUCCACGUCCUCGAUCUAAAUCUGUCUAUUAAUUCACCUGGACGUUAACUUACUACAUUUCACACAUGGUAUGUUUUGGAAAAAUCAGCAGGCGCCCCUCUUAUUUAUUAGAAUAGUAUAGCCUGUAUAGGUUAUAAGUUUUUGUUCAUAUUUCUGAGAAGUUUAUUAUAUUUGCUUCAUAUCUGUUUAUCUAAGGUCUGGUCGUUACCAUGAAGACGUUACUAUCCACGGUAAACAUGGCAACAAACACCAUCCAAUUAUUAUAGCUGCCUACCAGAAUGAAUCACCAAUCAUUGAUGGUACAGUCUUACUAAAACCAAGAUGGAGUAGACAUAAAGGAAGGAUUUUCAAAGCACAAAUUGAGACAGACAUUUGGCAACUGUUUGUUGAUAACAUAAUGAUGACCAAUGCACGCUGGCCUAAUGCACUGUGGUCGGAUUAUACUAUAUUUAACAACUCUUUCUGGGCCAAGUCAGCUUUAACCUCUACACCCAGUAAAAUGAUCGAUAAUGGUGAUCAUGAUCUGGCUGGUAGCGGGAUUAAUGCAACUGAUGCGAUGGCGAUAUUGAAUAUUGGUAGUUUUAACACUUUUGUGGCUAGGGUUCGUCAUCAUUCAAAGGGAAGCGACUAUUUCACCUAUAAAAACACGUUUCAUAGCGAUCAUUUCAAACCAAAAUUGAAUCAAUAUUUCUUGGAAGACAAACUUGAAUUACUGGAUCAACCUGGGGAAUGGUAUUACGAUGAAACAUCGCAGACAGUAUACAUUUGGUCGCUUGAUGGUAAAAAUCCAAAAUGGAAAGAAGUUCGUGGUAAAAAUCAGAGCUAUGCUUUUACAAUCACAGACUGCCGCCAUGUUGUUUUUGAAAACCUCAAUUUCUUUGCGACAACGCUCCACGCUUACACAGAGUCCACAACAGAAUUUAUCGAUCAACUUCAAUUUAAUUCUCUUAAUUUCAGUUUUCCAUCUUAUUCGAAACGCAUGCUAGGAGAUCCAAAGCCACCUAUGUGGACAAAAAUCUUCGCCAAUAAAGGACGUUAUGUCAUGAAGACAUUUAAGAUGUUUAACUGUACAUUGUAUGGUACUGAUGGCGCAGCUCUACAGUACAGCGGUAUAAAUGUAACUUUAGAAAACAAUUUGUUUAAAUAUAACGACUGGAGUGGAGCUAUGAUGAGUCAGAGCGGCGGGGGAAUGGGGACGAUUGUCUCGUAUGGCACUGGUGAUAAAUUUGUCCGAAACACACUUGAAUAUAAUGGAGCAAGUGUUGGUUAUAGGUAUGGAAUUCACGCUUCUGGGAAGUAUGUCACCUGGCUUUUGAGCCUCGUUCUCAUGAUUGACAUGUUACGUUUUAACUAAUGCAACACACAUACGAAAACGAGGCUUUUAACAAAUUGACGUACUUUCCAAAAGGUUCUUGUGCUGAAUAAAAUUGAAUGUCAAAUGAAAUAUAUGACCAAACUUUAUACACAAUAAAUUAGUCUGAAACAAAAACUGACAAACAUUACUGCAUAAUCUGCUUUUGAUUCUGCACUGAACAAUGUUUCCAAAUAAACGCCUAAUGUUACGCAGGCUAUGUUUCUUAUGAAAUUAUCUAUUGUAUACGGGUGUUUAAAUAAUAAAGUCUCAUCUUUAUAGAUUGAAUGGACUUGGCAAAAGUAGAGUAGAGUUAAACCAUUUUCAUCAUCAAUGCUGGGGUCGUAUACAGAAUGACGGUAGCCAUGUUCAAGCUCAAGUAAAAGCUCAAACUAAUACUUCGUUUGUUCAAAACUGGAUCCACAACAGUCCUAAAUAUGCUUUACGCUUUGAUGGUGAGCCUCCUAAUGUUGGAAAAUAUGGAACAAUGUCUCAAAAUGUUGCUAUGAAAACUAAUGGCAUCAUGGUUAAAGGUGAUUACCAUCAAGUCUUGAACAAUCUUGCUCUUGAUAAGUACAAUGAUGAAGGUGGUGAUCGCCAAGGCAAUGGUUGCGUUUUAUGCGUGCUGCGUUACGUUCGCAAGAAUCCCGUUCCUAUCAAUAACAACACGAUUGUGCUACGAAAUGGCGCGCAGACUGCAAAUGGCGGCAAGAUUAAGAAGAAAAUUUUCCCACUGGCAGGAAAGGUUAAGAAGUAUAACAUGAUUGGAAAUGUACGAAAACAGGUCGUUGACGCAGACAACUUUGAUUUCCGUGUGGUGAAGAAUUCGGAUUAUAUUGAGAACAAUGUUGGAGCUUAUAAAUACGAACCGAAGAUGAUAAAAUACUGGAUACCAGGUCAAUUGAUGUACAAAGCUAGCACUCCAGGUUGCAAAAUAUUUUUAUUUAUCUUUGUUAUUAUCUGAACAAUGACCUGCCCUGGUUUUUGUCGUAAUUAUCCAAAGUAGAAAACUUCAAAAUCUUAGUUUCUAUAUUUUCUAAAACGACAUUAUUGUAUUAUUAUGUGUUUUUCAUGUGGUGCAAACACAAACCAAACAAUUUAUCAUUUUCACGUAGUUCAGGCACAGUAUCUUCAGUGAACUAUGUGAAAAUGACAUCAUCGUAUAACCACGGCAUGGCACAUUAUCUCAGAACACUAUCUCCACUUGACUCUCACAUUUAUUGGAACGUGCAUAAUUUCUACUGGAAACAAAUUUGGCGCAAAACUGCAGUAAAAUAGUACGCCGACAGUCAGGGACGCCGGAACUGGGGGGGGGCAAGAGCGGCAGCCGCCCCCGUUGCCCUUUACCAGGAGGGGCAAGGGGGGCAAAGAUGCCCUUUCAAUUUAAAGGAUUGCCUUGGCGAAAUAGCGAAUUGUCAGAAAUAUUAGUGCAAUUCUUUUACGAAUUUGCUUCAGAAAAGGCAAGAAAUGCAGUCAUCGAGCUUCAAGAAUAGCACAAUCGCCUGGCGGAGAACCCUCUCACACCCAUAGAGAUUAUAAAUAACACUAGAGGAGGCAUCGAGUUUAAAAAUUGGGAACGCAGCUAAUGGGGGGCAAAUUCAAGUCCCGGAUAUAAAAUUGUGCUCUCAUUGGCUGAUUUGAAACUCUUCACCAAUGGGAACACGAAUACACAUCCGGGACUUGAAUUUGCCGCCCAAUAGUCGCGUUCCCUUUUUUUUACUGAAUUAAGAUUACAAUGCCUCCUCUAGUGUUAUUUAUAAUCUCUAUGCUCACAUCCCUAUCAUCCAACAAAUAGAAAGCAUGAUUAGGCGAAGUUCAACUCCCGAUGUUUUGCAAGCAUCUCUUAGUAUAUAUCAAUUCGGAAGUGCCCUUUCACGAAAAUCUGCCCCUCCUUGCCUUCACAUCGUUCCGGCGUCCCUGCCGACAGUGGCUCAAAAUAUUGUGUAAAAUUACUCAAAUUUAUUAAGCAAAUUUACUAAUUUUUUACUAAAUUUUUUAGUAAGGUGAAUCGAUCGUUUAUCUUUUAUACAAAAAAAUGAGUAAAUUUGAAAAUUUACUCAAAAAUGGAGUAAUUUUACUCAGAAUUUUAAAUCAUUGUGGGUGCAUUAAGUUUUCAGUCAAAAUACUCGGCGAGUUUUUGUAGCGUAGUGUUUGCAUUUGCUAUUGGAAAUCUGCUUUAAAUUUAAAUUUCGCACUUCAUAAUCUGUCUACUACUAGUUACUUAAUCCAUGAGUUGCUAAUGUUGAAACUAACCAGUCUAGUUUUUAAGACUUUCUUGGACUUUUUAUGUUGUCAGUCAAACCCCCAUACUUUUUCAAAAUUGCCCAACAACGUCCUAUCUCUGUUACUGUCUGUUUUGACACAAAUGAUAGAUCGCGUCUUCGUCCUUUGUUCCACGACUGAAGACCUUAAUAUGGUCCGUGUGAUGCAGACUAAGUUGGGUCCCGACAACCCGACCUCUUCAUUAGCGCAUUGGUGAGGACAAACGUCAUGGAUUGGAAAGCAUUUUGCAGAAGUUGUUGGACGAGAGUCAUUUUCAUGUUUUAAAACGUGCCUGAGAAAGUUUGAUUGUGUUGUAUACAAAAUACCAUUCAUUUUUACCAUGAACAUGCUAAUUAUUCUCUUCUACUCUAGUUCCACCAAACAACUCCACUGUUAAACCUAGUCGUGAUGCUCUUAUGUGGCUGAACGCGUACGGAGCAAAAAAACAUCGAGUGUAUUUUGGAAAAUCCACCCGUGCACUGAAAUAUGAAGAAACGCUGAGUGAUGGUUCUAACGUGUUUUAUUUGAAAGAAUCGCUUGAGCCAGAUCAAAGAUACUACUGGAGAGUUGAUGCGGAGUUGUCUCCAAAUGAAAUAUAUCAAGGCGAUGCAUGGAACUUUAAUGUUGAUGCGUUUAUUGUUGAUAGUUUGGACCAGAAAUAGAUUACGAAUAUAUCAUUAAAAAUACCUUUAUUUUGGCCUAUUUUGUGAAUUGAGCAAUCGAAUGUUUCAGGGCUAAAUUAUGUGUCAUCAAAACUAUCAUGUUGUUGGUGAACCCAAUAUGUAAAGGAUGAUGUAGCAAAUAAACGUGAAAAUAUAACCGACUAUUUUUUCCUAUGCAAUUCAGUUCAUAGUAAACACAUAUUGUACACGUGUGCUUUCAAGAAAAUUCGAAAAGUGUCUGUACAACACAAAUUCUAACAAAAUAGACGAAAAUCAUAAUUAUUUCCAUUUUAUUUACCAUGCAUUAUAUGAACUAAUAUGAACCAAUUUUGUGAUUGAAAACGAUGUUACAGUGAAAUAAUGAAAAAAUACGUCCUCAUCCCAUUUUAACCCCAAAACUAAUUAACUAAAUUACUAAAAGAAAGUUUAAAUCGCCUAAAGUUGGCCCCUACAAACUGUCAAUUUCAACUCGUUAAGAAUCGUUGAAAAGAACUGCAACAAACAUGACAAGGUGAAGAAAGAUUCCAGGAAUAACACAACGUGAUCCGUGAGAUACUGGAAAAUCAAGCUCUAUUUCUCGACUGCUCCGUUUUCCAUCCGCUGACCUGGUACGUAAUUUGACAUUCCCUGACAACUUUGACACUGGUGAAGAAUAUUCUUGCCAACCUCCAGAGGUCUUAUACUCAACCUUCAAUCCAGGAAAUGCAGAACUCGCUACCAGUCUACCAGACUCUAUCUUUGCACCGGGCAAUGGAACACGAUAAUUCACCCCUAUUUCAUCCAAUUUUCUAAGUUCUUGAUAACCGAGCAAAUUUGCAAACGCUUGCCACUCCAUGUUUAACUUUUCUUCCCGAGACUUUUCAUCUUUUUCAAACUCUGCUUUGUGCCAAGCUCGUUCAGCUACUGUUAGAACUCUUGGAAAAUACAUGUAAAAUAGUUGAUCUUCAGUACGCACUGUUUCUGACCAGAGAUGACCUUGGAUUCCGAUUAUGUUGCUCUUCUUUAAAAGCGAUGGACAGCUAUUUUGUUUCUUACAGAGUUCACUUUUAUUUAAAGGUCUUCCAAGUCGAUCUUCUUUAACAUUGUCAUAGACAGUAUCUGGCAUAUAUCCAAAUGUUUUCUUACAAUCAGUAUAUCUGGUUGCCCAGUAAUAACCACGUUCUUCUGGGUCAGGUUCAUAAGGCAUAUCAAAGUAGAGAUGAGUUGCAUGAGCAAGGACAGUUUUAUAUCCUGCAUUUGCCAGACGAUAUGCUCGGUCAAAUGCACCCCACUCCCAAACGUUAUCCCAUGCAUAACUAUACACACUACCUUUGGAAAGUUCAGUUUUGUUAAAUAUUGUGUUGCUCUCGAUCAAACCGUCCUCCCAUGCAGCAAAACUGAUGUUGUAUUUCGCAGUUAUUUCUGAUAGUCUGUUAGUAAAGUAUUUCUUCAGUGAAUCAAUGUCUUUAUUCUGGGCUGUGAGUUUUUGACAUGCAGUAGAGUUGAUCCAGGCGCCACGUGCUACCUCAUCCCCACCCAUAUGGAAUAGUUUCAACGGAGAUAUAUCUUUGUGAAGUUUAACAAGAGCUGACAGAACAUGUUCAAUAAAAUUGUAGGUAGAAUUUAAACAAGGAUUAAUAGCGUUAUCUCUGAACAUUUGAACUGAAAAAUAUUUGGAAGGAUCGCCAGGUUCCGCAAGGAGAAACUUUGAAGCAUCUUUACGAACUGUUUCAUUGCUUGAAGCAUUAUAUUGUUGAAAUCUAUAUUCCAUGGCUUUGAUGGCUGCAUGAGAAUGUCCAGGCAUAUCAAAUUCAGGGAUGAUUUCUAUAUGAAGUGAUUUAGCAAACUGAAGAAUCUCCUGAUAAUCUCCAACUGUAAGGAAACCACUUCCUGAAGUAGUCGUUGUUGCUCCAGAACCAAUCUGUGGUGCUAAACACAUCCCAGUAUCAUAACAUCGCUUGCUACCAAACGUUGUCAGUUCUUCCAAACCAGGGAUCUCCAGGCGCCAUCCCUCGUCAUCAGUAAGAUGCAAGUGCAGUUUAUUCAGUUUGUAGUUUGCCAUAACCUCCAGUAUUUUCAAAAUCGAAGUCUUGCCAUGAAAAUUACGAGAGAUAUCCAGCAUUAAACCUCGAUAUUCAAACCGUGGCGCGUCCUUGAGUGAUA